AUGGAUGGAGACCGUAAGCCUUCCACCAGUACUAGAAGUACUAGAUCGGCAGGUUCUGAGGAAGGCAAUCAUGUACUGGAUCCAGUUAGACUCUUAUCUGAAGUGAAUCAUUUGGCAGCGGACUUGCUGAACAACAUCCAAUCCUUGGAGUCACUUGUGGCUGCAACUGCAGCAAGUGAUCGCAAUCAAAAUGAAGCAACCGUGGUGGAUCUGGUGCGCUCCCUGCUCCAUGUCAGGGCCGGACGCGACGAUGGAGGAAAUACAGUCUCGGAUGCGGAACUGUUGCAGCUAGCCGCACAAGUUUUAGAACAGCUGAGACGCGACAACAAUUCGACAAUGACAACUUCUCAGUUCGCAGUUAACGUUGCGGACUUGUUACGAUCCCAUCCAGUGACGCAACAAGCUGCCGUCCCGCCAGAGCCUGUAACCCAGAAUGCCGAUGUUUGCGACGCGGAAAACAACAGACGGCCUGCUGAUGUUGAAGAUGACAUGAGCGUGAGAACCUUUGACCUAGUUGAUCCAAGUGAACUUCAGGAACCCGAAGAAAACACAUGUGUGUUUUGCGAGAAGCCGAGGAUGAAAGGCUGUGACUGCGUUGCGGAGUUUCCGAAAUUGCUUGCCCAGGAAAUUAGAGAAAGGUUACCCACUGGCGAGACCCGUGAUGAAGUAGACCGAUAUAUGGAGAAGUCCAAGGGCAAAACAGAACCGGCAAUCAAGAGUGUGUACCGCUGCAAAGCGUGUGGCAUGGAGGUAGAAGGUGGGCGCAUGUGCACUUGUCAGGCUGAUUGGUUCCCUCUGGGGCUUCUGAAGCGUGCCAAAGAAGAGCUCUCCGAUUCAUGUCCGUCCGAGUUUCUCAAAACUGUUGCCGGUUACUUGAAGAACAAAUACAAGUGCACAGUCUGCGGGAAGCUCAAGACAACAGAGUGUGACUGCGUAAAGAACUUUCCAAAAUGGCUCACCGUUUCCAUUAGAGAUAGUUUACUCCCUGGUGAAACUCGCGAUGCAGUAGAUCGCUAUUUGAAGGCGCUCAAGGAAAAAGAAAGAGAAACAAAACGUAGGGCAAAGAGGAACAAGGAUGGCACAAGUCGCAGGGCAAGUAAUGAUGAAGAAGACGAUGGUGUGUAUGAGUGCAAUAUCUGUGGGGAGGAGAAAGCCAAAGGACAUGUUUGUGAGGCUGAUUGGUUCCCUCGUGAUCUCUUGGAACGUGUCCGAGAAGAGCUCUCCGAUUCGUUUCCUCAUCUCGGAAAAGUCGACACUUACUUGCACAGCGACGAGAGAGGGAUAGUAAACCUAGUCAGCCGCCAACACAUGACAAGCCAAUCAACCUCAUCGGGAGCACCAUCGCCUUCUGUUCCUCAACCCAAUGAAACGGGUGGAGCUGCAGACGACGAUGGUACAAACGAUGGUUCGAAUGGCCCGUCAGGAGUAAGCAGCGCAUUGCUCACUACCAGUAGUGGCUUUUAUUCAGAACUAUCAACGGAUAGUGCCGGCUGUAGGUUCUCACUCGAAUCCCAUUCCUCUUUGUUGUAG